AUGCCGCUGCAGGACGACACCCUCCGAGAGGUGUGGGCCUCAGACAGCGGGCAUGAGGAGGAGGACCUGAGCCCCCAGGUGCAGCGGCGCUCCAAGCAGCGAUCCGCCCCGGGACCCAAGUUAAGGAAGAAGAAGCCCGAGCCCCCCGAGUCCCCCGAGUCAGCCAAGCCGCGGAGACCUGCAGCCGGGCGGAGGCGGAGGCCGCGGGAGGAGCCCGCCCCGGAGCCCACCGUCUACGCCAAGUUCCUCAGGGACCCCGAGGCCAAGAAGCGCGACCCCCGGGAAACCUUCCUGGUAGCCCGGACCCCAAAGGCCGAGGACGAGGAGGAAGAGGAAGAGGAAGAGGAAGACCAGGAGGAGGAGGAGGAGGAGGAAGAGAAGAAGCAAAAAACCCCUCUGCCUGCUAAGACCCCCCAGAAGGCUUCUGCAGACAGGAAGGAAAGGAGGGCCAAGGCCCAGGGCCCAAAGGGGGACCUUGGAAGCCCUGAUGCCCCUCGGAAACCUCUUCGCAUUAAGAAGGAAGCCGGGGAGGGGACCAGGACCAGAAAGACAAAGAAGAAAGGGUCUGCAGAGGCUGACAAGGACCCCUCAGAGAGUCCAACCAGAGUGAGGAAGAAGACCCCAGUAGCCAUGUUUCUAGUUGGGGGAGAUGGCCCAGCUGAGAAGGCUUUGAAGAAGAAAGGCCUGCCCAAAGGCCCAGAAGAGGGGAAGGAGGAAGAAGAGGAGGAGCCCAAGAACAGCAACCAGAAGGGCAAAGCCAAAGGAAAAGGCAAGAAGAAAGCGAAGGAGGAGCGCGCCCCGUCCCCGCCUGUGCAGGUGGACGAGCCGCAGGUCUUCGUGCUGCAGCCCGCGCCCCAGGGCCGCACCGUGCGCGACCGGCUGACCCGGGACAAGAGGGGCAUGGACAAGGGCAUGUAUCCUUCCUACUUCCUGCACCUGGAAGCCGACAAGAAGGUGCGCACCCAGGGGAGGAAACGGAAGCGGAGCAAGACCGCCAACUACCUCAUCUCCGCGGACCCUACCAACCUGUCCAGAGGAGGGGAGAAUUUCAUCGGGAAACUGAGGUGAAAUGCCCUUGGCCUGGCCUCCAGUUCCACUCUGCCUGCAGGUCUAACCUCCUAGUGGAACCGCUUCACAGUCUUUGACAACGGGCAGAACCCACAGCGGGGAGGAAGCAGCCUGACCUGGGGAGGCCUUCGCCAGGAGCUGGCAGCGGUGAUCUAUGAAACCAACGUGUUGGGCUUCCGAGGUCCCCGGCGCAUGACGGUCAUCAUUCCCGGCAUGAACAGAAACGAGAGGGUCCCCAUCCGGCCCCGAAAUGCCAGCGAUGGGCUGCUGAUACGCUGGCAGAACAAGACCCUGGAGAGUCUCAUCGAGCUGCACAACAAGCCACCUGUCUGGAAUGAAGACAGUGGCUCUUACACACUCAACUUUCAAGGCCGGGUCACUCAGGCCUCAGUCAAGAACUUCCAGAUUAUCCAUGCUGACGACCCCGACUAUAUCGUGCUGCAAUUCGGACGCGUGGCGGAAGACGCCUUCACCCUAGACUACCGGUACCCGCUGUGCGCCCUACAGGCCUUCGCCAUUGCCCUCUCCAGUUUCGACGGGAAGCUGGCCUGCGAAUGACCCCAGCAGCCCCUCAGGGCUCGCCUGCGUGGGGGAAAGGAUUCAGUGGGGGGUGGCGGGGUCCCUCCGUCACAGCCCCCUCGGAAGGCUCCUCCCCUAUCGGGAGCUGACCCCUCACUGCCUUUCGGUGACCUCGGUCCGCUCCCCAGCCUGGCACAGGCCGAAGCGGGCGGAGCUCAGACGGCGGCUAGGAUGGAGAUGAAGAACAUCUGGAGUUGGAGCUGCACAUCUGGUCCGCGGAGCUCGCCUGCGCGCUUCACCCCCCUCCUCCCCGCGCCCCAGUCACUUCCUGUCCGGGAGCAGUAGUCAGUGUUGUUUUAACCCCCUCCGGGACCGAGCUAGGGCUCGGAAGAGCUGGGGCGGGUUCGAAGGAGGGGGUAGUGACGGGGAACGAG